AAGUGAACGCGCUUGUUUCCGGCGUCCAGUCGUUUGAAGGCGUCUGUUUUCCAGCGUUUUACCUCGCAGGUGUUGCUCUCGUUCGCGUCUCCCGGCGGCAGCGAUGAGCUCCGUGAUCCCCCGCAUAGAGCAGCUGUCGGCCAGAGUCGUUCGGGUUCUGGGCUGCAACCCGGGACCGAUGACCCUGCAGGGAACCAACACCUAUCUGGUCGGAACCGGGCAAAGACGCGUGCUGAUAGACACCGGGGAGCCUGCCGUCCCUGAAUACAUCGCCAGCCUGAAAGCAGCCUUGGGACAGUUCAGCAGCAGCAUCCAGGAGAUCAUCGUCACUCACUGGCAUCACGACCACACGGGCGGAGUGGAGGACAUCUGCAGAGACAUAACCGGAUCUGAAGUGAGGGUCAGCAAGCUGCCGCGGGCCAGCCGGGUCCCAGAGACGGCAGGAAACAAGACGUACUCUUACCUAAAAGACGGAGACGUUAUCCGGACGGAAGGAGCCACGCUCAAAGUGCUUUUCACGCCGGGCCACACUGACGACCACAUGGCCCUGCUGCUGGAGGAGGAGCGGGCGCUCUUCUCCGGAGACUGCAUCCUGGGCGAGGGCACGGCCGUGUUCGAGGACCUCUACGACUACAUGAAGUCUCUGAAGAUCCUGCUGGAGACUCAGACCGACCUCAUUUACCCCGGUCACGGACCUGUGGUUCAGGAUGCUGGCGCCAAGAUCAAACACUACAUCAGCCACCGGGACCAAAGAGAGCAGCAGAUCCUGGAAGCCAUUCAGGACGGAGCAGGAAAGCCGUUUUCCUCCAUGGAGCUGGUAAAGAUCGUCUAUAAGGACACUCCUGAACACCUGCACCAAGCGGCCAACGUCAACCUGGUCCAUCACCUGAAGAAACUGGAGAAGGAAGGCAAGAUCGCUUCUGUGCACGACUCUACUAAGAGCAAGUGGAGAAGCAAUCUGUGAUAUCCAGCUGACUGUUACCUGAGGGGUGAAAAUCCAUCCGGACAACGUGUGGGAGUCCCUUUUAACGCCAAGUGAUCACAGGACAGAGUUCUGCUGGGGACUGAACACGCUUGUUGGUUGAACAGUACUGAGCUGACAUGCAAGUAAUGCAUGUUGGUUCAGACGUGUUGCUUUGGAUGUUUUGUUUAAGGCUGUAAACAUCUUAAAUGGUUUGACAUGAAUCCAAAGUUCAGCCAGAACCUUAAUUUAGCGCUCUCCUACAAAGCGAGCUUGAACUAAACCCAAGUUUCUUUACGAUCAGGUUUCUUGCGUAUCUUUUCUGCAGACUUCAGUAUCUUUUCACGUCAUAUUUGCACCUACAUCAAUUCAUGCUCUCAGGAUCUUAGAAGACCUUUGCCUGCCCGCCCUCGAAUAAACGUCUUAACUCUUUAA